AGAGGAGAGUGAACUCAACAGGUGAUAAGGACGGGGAGGGGGAUCAGCUGUUACAAAACUGAAUCCAGGUCCAGUGCACAUUGGCAUCACGUGUCUUGCCAAUUCCUUUAUCAUCAGUUCAUCUUGCGGCGGUGCGGUGUGAUAACGGCUGUGCCUUAUCAGUCAGUGAUCGAUUACUUCAAUCACAAAAACAGUGCUUUCAUCGGCCUCGAAAAUGUUUUAGGAUAUUUGUGGUGAUUGCAAGUGCAAGCAUAUUAUCUCACCUAUGUGCAGUUCAAAAUUAUCAAGAAUUUAUUCUGUGUGAGUUGAAGGAUUUCCCUCGGCAAGAUGCUCUUCACGGGGAUUGUACUAACACACCUGCUGCUCUUCAGCUAUUCUCCGGUAGAAUGCGGUCUUCUUAUACCAGAGGAAUUGCCUUCGUUCCUAUCUCUGCUCUAUUCAAUUGUGCCACCUCUUAGGAUAGGAAAAGAUUCUCGGUUCGGCGCGGGUUUCCGGAUCGGGCCAAACGCCGAUCUGCAGUUCCUGGUUGAGCUGGGUCCGCAGCAGAACACCCUGCCCAUCGGCCCGGGUCCCAGCGGCGACAUUGACGACGCCCUCCCCGGCGUCCGCCGCCAUGUUGCCAGCAGCACCACUCUGACCCCGCCCCCAAGGAGGCGACCCUCACCCACCCGCAACAACUGGGGCCUCAACUACAUUCCCAACCGGAGGCACAAGGAGCCAAUUAACCAAACAGUGCCAAACAACUCCAAAUCGGAAACAACCAAACUUUUCUGGAGGGGAAAAUCUCAAUCACAAAACGAUGUGAAACACCAAACAUCAGCCUCUAUUCAGAGGAAAAUCGUCAGACUACCGGAUAGUUUAAUCGUUUAUAACACCACUCAAAAACUUGCUACUAAUUCGGAUGUUGAAAUGAUCAAUAAUUUGCAAGAAAAUUACGGAGCAGCAGUGUCAGUUGAAGACAGAAAUAAAGUACAAAAGCUCAAAAACAAAGAACAAUCAACCAAUACUUUAAUUAACAACGGUUUCACCUCUAAUCAUAUUCUAGAAGAAUCUAUUCAAAAUAGGACUUCAGCAAUAAAAUCAGAAAAGAAACGAAAUGAACAACUCCAGCAGCAAACAAAUCAAAGGCCAAGAGCUCUCAGGGAUUGGGUAUUUUCGUGGUUUGAUGGUUUAAAACCUCCCAAAAGCACAUCCGCUUGAAGUAUUUAUUUUAUGAUUAAAUAUAGUAAGUUACCAAAAAUACUCUGAAAUCAACCAGCAAGUUGUGUAAGAGUAUAGUGUCAUUGUUUCUUAGAAGACUGUUAUGAAAAUAUAAUAAUCAAGAAAUUACAAGGUUUACCACAAACGCCAAAUUAGAAUUAAAUAAU